AUGGACUCGUCACAAGAUUUCAAUUCCCUCCAGGAGGCAAUCCAAAAGUCGCUCGUCUCAACUGUCAAGUCCGCCAAUCGCAUCGCAUCCCAAGAUCUGAGUUUCCAGCGCACCAUCAACCCAGAUGUUGCCGAGCAGCUCGAUGACAAGACGUCGCGUAUUCUCGAUCUUUCCACCCGGUUACUAAGCUCAGCAGCUCAAGCAUGUGGCCUAAAGCCGAUCAAGUUGGAAGACCCCGAAGAUGUAGACAUGAACUGGCGCGCGGUGGUGGACGUGGUAGAUUCCAUCUUGGAAAAGGCAGAUCGGGCGAUAGACGAGUACACGGGUCUUGUCAAACAGAGAGAGAAUGGCGACUCGGAUUCUAACUCCAAGGCGAAGCAACCCAAAUCAACAGGCAAGGUUAUCCGCAACGCCAACGUAAAGAAGCCGCAGCUGGACUUUGAAAUUCAACCGAAUAACUUCUUUGAUGGGCCUUGGAAGCCUAUUCUGACAGAGAAGCCGCAUGCAACUGUCCCUUUGGAUGAGAGCCUGGUCACAUUUGUCCGAAACGAUGGCACAACUCAAUACAGACACCCAUACGAAACAGAGAUAUCAAGCAUGCAAUAUCCGGACCGACUAUUCCAGAUCCAAGAUCCGAUUUUGCCCCAGCCAGACGAGGCGACCUCAGCUACAUGGGUGGACACAUACGAGGGCGUUCUUGCUAUGCUUGAAGAGCUAAAGGAAGCCAAGGAAAUCGCGGUUGAUUUGGAACAUCAUGACUUUAGAACGUAUAUUGGACUGGUCUCCUUGUUGCAAAUCAGCACUCGAGAAAAGGACUGGGUUGUUGAUACGCUGAAGCCGUGGCGACAUAAGCUCCAGGUGCUUAACGAAGUAUUCGCCGAUCCCACCAUUGUCAAGGUCUUUCACGGAGCAUAUAUGGAUAUGGUCUGGCUGCAGCGAGAUCUUGGCCUCUACGUCAAUGGCCUCUUCGACACAUUUUUCGCCAGCGAUGCCUUACAUUACUCAAGUCGAAGUUUGGCGUUUCUCCUUUCAAAAUUUGUCAACUUUGAUGCUGACAAGCGAUAUCAACUGGCUGACUGGAGAAUCAGGCCCCUCUCCGAGGAAAUGAUGUUUUACGCUCGUUCAGAUACCCACUACCUUCUCUACAUCUACGAUAAAAUUCGAAACGAACUUGUCCAAUCGUCGGACUCCGAUAAACACCUCGUAAAGCGUGUCUUGGAAAGAUCGCGAGAGCUUUCACUGUCAAGGCAUGAGAAUCCGGAAUGUAACGCAGAAACCGGCGAAGGGUCGAGGGGGUGGUUCAACUUUGUUCUCAAAAACUCACAGCUUGGUUAUAAAAGCGAGCAAUUUGCCAUAUUCAGGGCUCUCUGGAAUUGGCGAGACCUUACUGCUCGUAAAGAGGACGAGAAUCCCAAUUUUGUGCUGGGCAACAACAAUCUGACCGAAAUUGUACGCGUCAACCCACCGGACGCCAAGGCCCUCCACAGCCUACUACCGCUGAAUGCAUCUCUAGCUCGAUCUAGGGUGAAUGAGAUAUGGACUCAGAUGCAAGAGGAAAAAGCUCGAGGAGGUCCGAGCCUGCUACAGUUUUUCUCUUCCAGAGACCCUGCAACCCUACAGAGCCAGAGUGGAGUUCCAAGGGUAACAAAAACGCAAAGUCAAGCUCUAAAGCCCGACGCAAAUGUGACAGCCGCAAAACUUGCGCGAUCGCAGUUGUUUGGCGAUGUUGCCGUUAGCUCGCGAUGGGAUGAAAUGAAGGAGUCAGGUGAUGUCAAGGAAGACUACUUCCCCUUCCCUUGGCAGCGGUUUGUUGGCGAUGUCGCAAAUGUCGUGGUCGAAGUCGAGCCCCAGCAAGAACCUGUAGUAACUGCCCCUCCAAAAGAGGAGACUAUACCUGCUGCAGAAGUUGAUAAAGACGAAGAAUUCACGUUGCGGAGAGGACAGAAGAGAAAGGCUGAGGCUGUUGAGAACGACGAGUCAAUAUCUAGCGAAGCUGACUUGGCUUCCGAUGGCGAUGCUGAGAUGCAAGAUGAGAACGCCAAUGACGACGCUGUCAUUGAGAUAGACGAUGAGGAUACUCCUUCCAGGGCGGCGAAGAAAGCAAAGAAGUUGGAGAAGAAGAAGCAGCGAGAUGAAGCCCGGGCGGCUCAGGAACAGCAACGCCUAGAGCUUCGUACUAAGCGACAAGAGGAGAAGCUCGUUCGCAAAGAGCAGCGGAAGAACCAGCAACAAGCGAAGAAGGAAGAGCCUACCAAGUACCAAGCUGUUCCUUUCGACUACAGCAAGGCGGCCUCGGUUCUGCAUGCGAAGAGAGAAGAUACUAAGGAAUCGGCCCAAGAAGCUAAGAAGAAGGCAUUUGAUCCUUAUGCAAAGACGGGCGAUGACGAGAUCAAACCCGCAAGGAAGAUGCCGCCAGUUAGGGGCGAGAAGAGCGCUACAUUUAAGAAAUGA